CUCAUCCAUUAAUUGCUCUUUUCAUACGUUUUUAUUUUCAUGUUCAGUGUUUUGUGUAAUGCAGAUUUGUAGCACAAUCUUAUUUAACUUUGUCACUCAUGACCGUAAACCAAAAGUCAGGCGGAGCAUUACAGACUUGACUGAAACCCGAUCCACGACACGUACCUACACAUCACACAUGACCACACACAACACCUGUCAGGAGAUUCAGCCAGCCCACAUAACAUAACCACCCGAAAGCUUCAGUCUCCGGACACAUCUGAUGAAGUUUUCUUCCAGUACGAGUAUCACUGGAUCCUGCUCACGGCCGUCAGCUGAAAGUUCUACCAAGAGAGGUCGGACAGUGGGGGUAUUGUCACACCAACAACUGGCUACACACGUCUUAAGUAGGUUUUAUUACAUUUCUACCAAAUACCAAAACCAAAGAAUGUUUGUCACAUGCUAACAUGUUCCAAAAUCAGUCAGCAGUCACACGUUUUUGGGCUGAGGAUAGUCUAACACCGCCAGGUACGUUGUGCCCACUCUAAACAUGCUCAUGUGGUUGAACAGACUUUGGAAAAAACACGUCAACAAACCGUGUCCAUUUUCUUUCUGGAUAGAGCCUGUGUCCUUGACCUUAUUAACUAUUCGAACACUCGCUGUUUCUGGAAGCAUCUUGUCAUGCAGUUGUUAUGAUACACACUAAACGCUGUGAUGUCAGAAGCCUGUAUUGAUAGUGUAGGUUCAGUUUCUCUAGUGUAGUAUUUCACUGUUCACAUGCUGGUAUCAUUUCAUUGCAGUAAUGCAUUGUUUAUUGAAGGAAAAAUAUAGGGGUCAUCCAUAAGAAAGAAAAAUCACAGAUGAGACCGAGAUCAGUUUAAUAUCGCAGUUGUUUCUCCAAGACAUCAAUGAGAUUUAAUGGACAGCAAAUGGACAUUUUUGCUCACCCAAAAUAAAUAUUUUGUCAUCAUUUAUUUACCCUCAUGUCAUUCAACAUUUCUUUCUUCUGGGAAACACAAACGAAGAUAUGUCUCAGUGGUUUUGUUUCCUUACAAUGGAAGUCAAUGGGGGCCAAUGUUUUUUGGUUUCCAACGUUCUCCAAAAUAUCUUCUUUUGAAGAAAAAGAAAAGACCCAGAAAUCUCACAAACAUCUCCAUUGGAGUUUCAGAAGAUAUCCCAACAAUGGCACAAAAUAAGCUCACAUUUACCGAGUCUGCAAUCAAAAAUCAAUAUUAUAGAAGAUUUCAAUAUGAUUUCUCAUAUUGAUAUUCUCAUUUUACAGCUCUAUACUCUAUAUACUAAAGUAUUGCAUUUGUUUUCAUUUUUUUAUUUCUCCUAAGCAAUUUAGAAACAUCAGAGACUAUGCCGAUGCUUAAAUGAAACAUAAAUGAGAACUCCAUCAAAUAUUAUGAGCUAGGAAAGAGCAACCUCUGAGCAAUAAAGUUAUCAUCUAGGCAAGCGUUCCUAAGCUAAAUCUUUACUCGGCGGUAUCAUAAACAUAACAGAAAGCUGUGCAACUAUUGGCGCCACCGACCACACCCCCAAUCUGCCCACCUGCUUAAUUUAGCCAGAUAAACGACAUGUGCGUGUCUAUGGUCACCUCACUCCUGAACGCCAGCCCUCCUGAAUGAGCUGGAUUGCAACCAUGAUGCCGUAUUGGCAGAAGCCAUUGGGAUUUAUUUAGAUGUGAUUUUUCCACAUCAAACAUGAGUACAUACCUGGCUGGCACUUGAUUAAUGUCCUCAGAGAGGAAUAUUUUUAUCUGUUCACUUUCACAUCUGAGGAGUAUCUUUAUUUUUUUCAUCAUUUGAUAGUUAACUUUGUAUAUGAAGUUGAUUAUGAGAAAUAAAAUGUGAUGGAAAGGCGUAGUUCAGAUAAUUUGGUGAUCUUUCAAAAUAGUUCACUAUAUUUACUAUUUUCUGCAAAACUUUCAAUUUACUUACUCGGUUGAAAGUUAUUUUAUUGAGUAGUUAUUCUGAAUGAGUAGUUGAACUAAAUUUACUUGAAACUGUGAUGUAGCAACUUUCUCCAUCACAUGUGAAUGUUAAUACCAUUUGUGGUCUUGCCACAUUACUGAAGCAUGGCAGAGAGACCUCUCAACACGUAUUAUGUCACUCCAGUAGAGCGGUUCAGACCAGCUCACUGACCAGAAUUCAGGGAAUGCUGGGAUAUCUGAAUGAGGUCCAACUGGCGAGCUUGUGAUUAGAUUACAUCUGACUUUGAUUAACCUUUGGAAAUGAACCAAAGAUGGGAAUCAUUUCAGAAGUUACUGCACUUUUUCAGGUUAGAAGAAUCCCUUUGGUACCACACGUGACUUGUAUUUGACUUUGAUUGAUUUUCAGAACGAUUUCAGUUUUAAUUCAAAUCAUCUUACUUAUCCUUUUUAAAGAUGGUAAUCUUUAUAAAUCCUCUCUUAAUAAUACACAUCAUCUCACAAAAGAUUUAUGAAGUGCCUUCAAACCCCUGCAAGCAAGAUGUUUGGGCAUUUUUUACAUUUAUGUAGACAAUUCAUGCAAAGUGACUUUCCAGGAAUAUAUUUUCUCAGCUUGCGUGGGAACUCAUGAUCAUUUUCAUUGCCGACAACAUGAUCCAGGAAACAGUGUUUUUCUUUACAUUUUUGUGAAGUUAGUAGUUCACAUGCAGUUUUAAUUGAAUGACCUCAUAAUAACUGAGAAAAUGCAUGGAAAUAUUUGAUCUGUAAUCUGGAACUUCUUUUCGAAAUGAGGUCAAACCAGUCGCAAAAGAUUCAGAUAUACAUAUACUUUUAUAAUGUCUUUAUAACUGGAUGUCUACUAAUUUCCUUUUAACAUACUUUCUGUAUGUAUCUGUUGGGAAAUAUGACCAAAGCUUGUGUUUACAGUUUCAGCAACUGGUUUCUUCCAGUUAGGCCUUCAUGCCAUGCUUGUGUGAUUUAGAUGUCAACAGUUAAACGUGCAGCGCUGCUCUUGUGACUCCGGAGAAGAAGAAAAGGUCGUCACCUCCUUGUCUCUGGAACUUUCACUUUUUGGAAGUGUGUUAUGGCAGGAAGUGUGUCCCCUAUGCUGUUUAGAUGGGAACUCCAAAGAAAGUAAACUGGGUCAUGAAUUACAGCAAGAGCCUAAUUUAUGUGCUUCCAUACAGUGUGCAGAAGAGUAGCUUCUAGACGAACACGCUAGUCAUAAUAGUUAAGCUACAAUCAAGUUACUAACGAAAAUGUUUAAAAAGUAGUCAGCCAUACUUAACCAGAUAAAAUAGAUACAAUUUUUAACAACAAUAACUAAAUGCACAAUGCAGUAUCUUAUAAAGAAGCAAUGCCAUGUUUCAUUGCACUGUAUCAGUGUUGAACAAGUUAUUAAUAAUAAUAAUUUAACUUUGUAAUUAAAUUCAUAUUAGUCAUAUUAGAGUAAUUAAAGUCAUAUUAAUCACAUGGACAACAGAAAUGAAACUCUUUAAAUCUUUAAAUUUUUACAAUAAACUUUAGUAACAACUGUACAUUUUUUGAAAACAUAUUUUCAUUAGAACUUCAAUCAAAUUAACUAAUUUCCCACGUAUUUGACUAAUUUGAACACAAACUCGCCUAAAUUUACGUUUUAAAUGAGUUUUUUUCUUUACACAGAAUUAUGUGUAAAUUGUAUAAAUUAUGUAAUGUAAGUGCAUAAGUAACUGUAAUUAAAUUACUUCAAACAAAUGAAGAAUAAUUCCUUAUUUUUGUAGAGGAAUUUAAUUACAGUAAUUGGUUGCUAAGUAAUCCAUUAGACCAAACACUGAUAUUUACUCGUCACGUAUUCUUCAAAGUUAUUUUUGAUGUUCUAAAAUGAAGACAGAAUGUGCUGUAUCUGUAGUACAAUCCUUAUAGGCACUAAUGUUAGUUGCUUCACUCUUAGAAAGAUUUAUUAUUACCAGUGUAACAACUUGGAACAUUUGAAUAUAUGCCGUUCUCACAGACCCUGCGAACAGCAAACCCAAUGCGCGUCCAACAGCAAUGGCGUAUGUGCCUACGAGUCGAUGAUGUGCUUCCGUAAAAUGAAGCGAAAGUGACCUAGCUGGCUGAGAUUUUAGCGGAAGUACGUCAUCAUCCCGUGUGCAUAUACCCCAUUGCAUGUAUUUUUGCCAUUAGGUUCUGCUCUGGGUUACGCAACCCGUGUCGGUUUGUGUGUGUAUGAGCAUGAUAGAUUGGCCCCAAGUGGGCCUCUCCAACUCUGCCACCAGUCACACUUCAUGGAUUUCUGUUGCUCAACAGUUGGGCAAAGCUUGCAGUGUUUUAAAAGAGAACUGGAGACUGAUUCAUGACCCGAGAAGUUGUUGGAUAUUGCCGCCCAUUUGUACGUACAGUAGAGAACAAGGACUGUUUUCAGUCUUGUCCUUUGGGAAUUACAAUGUGGUUUUCAUUCAAGAGUGUUUUGGUUGAGGUUUAGGAUAUAGUCCAGUUUUCUCAUGGACUGUUUUUUAUCCUUAGACUCAGUAAAUCAGUGCUCUUUCUAUUUUCAGUUCUAUCGGAUAACUCUCGUCCUCUCUACAAAUAUGGUGUUUUGCGUCGUAAAGCUGAAGAAGACAUUUUUGUCAUGCCUUAACACACAACCUGUCUAGAGGAAAAUGCCCUGCCAUUUAGACUGCCAUAUGACUGCUAUAGUGUGCAGAUUAAUCCCUUGAAAGGACUUUUGUGAAUAAUGAAAAAAUAAAGGUUUCAACAAGUGUCUUAUCUGACAGAAUGUUUGGACAUUAUUUCAGUGUUAUUUUAAAUGUUACUCGAUCAUUUUGCAAUGUAUUAAGUAGUAAGACUUAAAUGAAUUGUUCACCGAAAAAUGAAAUUUGAUUAUAGUUUAUCGACUCUCACAUGCCUUCAAACUCAUUUGGCUUUUUUUAUUUUGAUAUUCUGACAGCAAACGGUGACCAGGGGUUGUCAAGCUCCAAAAACAAUGAAAAGCAGAAAAAAUGUGCGGAAAUGCUAACAGAAUUUACAUUUUGGUGUGAACUAUUCCUUUAAUUUUCAAAUCAUCAUCCGCAACGUACAAACUGUCAUGUCUUUCAUAAGAACCCUAACCUUGUCUUCCUCUUCCAGACAAACCACGUUUCCAACCAACAUUUUGAACAGUGUGAAACCUCCACAUUUGUGUGUGCGAGGGAGAGAAAUUGAGUGAGAAAGGUACAGUAGAAAAAUAGGUGGACAAAACAGCCUCGCGUCAUAUCAAGCCGACAAUGGUUUUAAAGAAACUUUUGAGUCUUGGCAAGCAGCUGCUGAGAGUGAAGGUUGUGGAUUGUAACUCAGAAGAAUCAAGGCUUUCUCGAUGUCUGAACACUUUUGAUCUGGUGGCCCUGGGCGUGGGCAGCACCCUGGGGGCCGGGGUGUACGUCCUCGCCGGAGCAGUCGCUCGAGAAAAUGCCGGACCGGCCAUCGUGCUGUCGUUUCUCAUCGCAGCUCUUGCAUCGGUGCUUGCUGGCCUGUGCUAUGCAGAGUUUGGGGCGAGAGUGCCCAAAACGGGCUCGGCGUACCUGUACAGCUACGUCACCGUUGGGGAAUUAUGGGCGUUUAUAACUGGCUGGAACCUGAUACUUUCAUAUGUUAUAGGUACCUCAAGUGUCGCCCGUGCUUGGAGUGCCACAUUUGAUGAGCUGAUUGGAAAACAUAUUGAGAAUUUCUGCCGUCAGUACAUGACCAUGAACGCCCCAGGCCUUCUGGCCGAGUACCCAGAUAUGUUUGCUGUUUUAAUCAUCCUCACUUUGACAGGCCUGCUGGCCUUCGGGGUUAAGGAGUCGGCCAUGGUCAAUAAAGUGUUCACCUGCAUCAACGUUCUGGUACUGCUUUUUAUGGUGAUAUCUGGACUGGUAAAAGGAACGCUGAAGAAUUGGAGUCUGAACCCUGAUGAGAUUCGGAAUGGAACCAAUUCCACUCUUAAUUCCACAGGGCCCGUGUUAUCAGAAGAGGUUCUUGGUGAGGGAGGCUUUAUGCCUUUUGGCUUCACAGGGGUCUUGUCAGGGGCGGCUACCUGCUUUUAUGCCUUCGUGGGGUUUGACUGCAUCGCCACCACAGGUGAGGAGGUGAAAAACCCUCAGCGUGCCAUUCCUAUCGGGAUCGUCGCCUCCCUUCUCAUCUGCUUUGUGGCGUAUUUUGGAGUGUCUGCUGCCCUCACCAUGAUGAUGCCGUACUACAUGCUGGAUAAAAACAGCCCUCUGCCUGCGGCCUUUAAGUACGUCGGCUGGGAGGGAGCCACUUACGCUGUGGCGAUAGGCUCUCUCUGUGCCCUUUCCACCAGUCUUUUGGGGUCCAUGUUCCCCCUCCCACGUAUAAUCUUUGCCAUGGCCCGGGACGGUCUGCUCUUCUCGUUUCUGGCACGGGUGAGCGAGAGGAAGACGCCCAUCGUGUCCACCCUAUCCGCCGGGGUCAUGUCGGCUAUCAUGGCUUUCCUCUUUGAUCUGAAGGACUUGGUUGAUCUGAUGUCUAUAGGAACACUUCUGGCCUACACGCUGGUUGCCGCCUGCGUUCUGGUACUCAGGUACCAGCCCGAGCAUUUCAGUCAGAUGUAUCAUGUAGCGAACACACAGGACGAGAUGGAGAUGAGCGAGUCCAUAAGUACACCUAGUUUAGGGAUUUUACCCGGCAUAGAGGAGCGUUUCAGCUUCAGAAACCUGCUGUUCCCAGACGUCACAGAACCAUCCAACCUGUCCGGCUUCACGGUUAAAGUCUGUGCGAGUCUCCUCGGUGUGCUGAUUCUUACGUUCAGCGUGUUAGCUGUUCUUGGAGGGAUUGCAGUCUGGAAUAUCGUCUCUCUUGUUGUGCUGUUCUGUCUGUGUCUCAUUCUUACGUUUAUCAUCUGGAAACAACCGCAGAGUAAAACCAAGCUGUCUUUUAAGGUUCCUUUACUUCCUUUUAUCCCAGUGGUCAGCAUGUUUGUAAACGUGUACCUUAUGAUGCAGCUAGACAGAGGCACCUGGAUCAGAUUCGCCGUCUGGAUGUCUAUAGGAUUUAUAAUCUACUUUGGCUAUGGAAUCUGGCACAGCACUGAAGCCGCGCUGGCCCAUUCCAGUAUUGAGGAGGAACUUGAUGUGUACAAACCCACCUGCAGUCUAAACAGGGACUCUGUGACCCCAGAGAAGGAAGCUUUUCUCUGUAAUGGACACGAAUCGAGGCUGGAUGAGGACGGAGAUCUUUAAGAGCGUGGAACAGUGUUACGUUGUUUACUAGAACUUUACAUGAAAGCACAAGGAUCUGGAGCUCUAUGGCUUAAGUAACUAUGUCACUUUCUGGUGAUGGAGAUGAGGGGCUCUGUUAAGGGGCACUGGGUGGUUGGAAACAGAAUUUUCACUCAAAGGUUUUGUUUUCUACUUCGCAUAUCUUGAAGAAACCAAAUCAGGCACAGGCCUUUUUAAUCGGGUGGCUGUAAAGAAACAAAUAUAUGUCGAGCAAACAAACAGUGUUUUAGUUUAAUAGCUGCUUUUGUGAUCUAGCGAACUUGUGCCUUUUGUCUUAUUGAAGCAAAAUGUGCGAUAUCAGUCUUUGAGGGUUUAUAAAUGUCAACCCUGAGAAAGAAAGGAAAAAUGGUUUCAAGUCACGCUUGGUGUUUCUGCUUCAUCUGUAGUACUGUGUUGCGCGUCUGAGGCCCUAUUUACAUUAGAAACCUCUACUGGCUUGAACCGCCCUAAUCCAGAAUUGGUAGGUUUUACCGGUUUACCCACAAUAGACCUUUAGGUUGUAGGGCCACCUGGUGGUGUGGUAGAAAAUUGCAAUUGCAGUAAGUUGUGUCACAGUGCUGGCUACUGUGUUUGGUGCAAAUGUAGUCUAAUGUAGGGCUGUCCAUUUAAUGCAGAUAUAGACCCUUUUCACAAUGACGUCACUUAACUUCCGCCUUUUCGCAAAGCAGUGUAUCAUAACAUCCGUCUUGCAACAAACAAGAAGAAGAAGAACUUCCGUUUUGCCGUCGCGCUGGAAUUUAACAACAGUGAAAAAAAACCGACAGAACACGUAUUCAAGUACUUAUCCUAGCACCUUCGCUAACACAAAAAGAAAACAAAACACUUACCUUCAUAAUCAAACAGGUACUGUUCAACGAAGAAUUUGUAUUCUUUCUCUAGCUUUGAUCUUGUCAUUAGCUUGUCGUUAGUACAUAAUCUAGCCGUAUUUGUGGCAAAUGUGCAAAGAACUUGGUAAACUCCAUUCUGAGGCGCUAGUGGAAGUAACUUCUUCUUGAGUUUUACUGGCGGUUGGCAAACCAGCUUAUAGGUGCAUUACCGCCAUCUUAUGAACUGGAGUGCUAGCGGAAGUAACGAUACACUGCUUCACGGCAGAACGGAAGAUGCGUGACGUCAUGUGAAAAGGGCGUAUUGUGUUCACAUAUAUUCAUGUAGGUAAAGAUACACUAGUAUACACAAGGGUAUUGGGCCGCCCCCUUCUGAUAAACUGAUAAAAUUGCAGUAUUUCUAAUGAAGACAAAUUUUAAUGCUAUGCCCUACAAUAUCAUAUUAAGGAAUUUUGUUUCCAUUGCGACAGUUUUGGAAGAGUCUUCUUCUGUUCUGUUUGUUUUGUGCUCAUGGAAAUGACUAAAGUAGUCAAACUUGUUCAUGGGGAGGUCCCAAUACUUUUGUCCAUAUAGUGUAUGAAAUGUAAAAAUGAGACUAAAGAGGGUAAGGGAUUUAUCAUGGGAAUGCUUAGAUGCUUAUUUAGAAAUAUUUGAAUUUAUUUUAGCAUGCAGGUGAACUUGUAUAUGUAAGUAAUACCAAGUGAAGAACUGAAGAUACACAAGAUUUCCUAUAUUCCAAUCAGUUUGCUCAGGGGCAUGAUUGGCAUCUGUCCUAACCAGUCAAGUGUCCCUUUUGACCCUUUGUAGAAUUGCCAUGAAACAUGUCUUCAAACAAUCUGAUCUCAGGGUUAUUUAGGAUUAUUUUAAAGGUUCAAAUAAACAGUUCUUCUUGAAUUCAUAUCGUCAUGUAAGGCAACACAUUGGUGUAUGCUGACAAUCCCUCAAUCUGAAAGUCAUGAUUCUUCACAAUGAAUAUUCUGUCUAUUUUAUUGUGUUUUUAUUCCAUGAUUUGUAAAUAGCAAGAUAAUACUCUGGGUAAUGCUGAAAGCAAACGUGUGUAUGUUCAGAGGCGUAGAUCAUGUUUUGGUUACAUUGACUUAAAAAGAUUAAAAUGUUUUGUUUUUAUGUGUGAUUAUGUUGCUGAAUCUUUGUGUAGAGAUGGUGAAACAUGUUCACGUGGUUCUUUUGAACUCUCAAAACCUUGAAAUUACAAUUGAACAUGUAAUUACACAAAGCAACCGUAACUUUAUGGCUAUGCACCUUCAACAGAGUUAUGUAAAUAAAUGUGCAUAAAUAACAUAAAUAAUACAAUUUGCAAUAAAAUAUAUAAUAAAUUGAAAUAAAGAAAUCUGAAUUUAUUAUACUUGUACUGUAUAUAAUACUUCUUAUUUUUAGUAGAAAAUGAUACAAGACAUGACAAUUUAUGCAUAGUGAAAAUUAAAUACACGUGUGUAGGUAUGGGAUUUAGGGGUCAUGUGCCUCUGAUUUCCAUGAGCAUCAAUGUAUAUGAAAAACUGUAACUGCAAACCUGCUAUGCAUUCACUCUAAAGUUGUAGUCAUUUUGUGUGCUUAUUUUGGACCAGAAUGUGGUGCAUCCGGUGUACAUAACAGUUCCCCUCUGGACUGGUUUAACCUAGCUGUAGCAUGUCUUUACUGUAAAUUACUGUUACCUUGUUUUAUUGUGUAGCUGUAAAUAAAAAUAUACAUUUUGGAA